AUGGGCUUGCUCCAGGAGUCAAAAAGCAAAAAACGAAUCAACAAGGAUCCCAACAAUACGAAAUGGAUUCGUGACGAGACGACUUUCGGACAACGAGCCCUCAGAUCCCAGGGAUGGCAGCCGGGCCAGUUCUUGGGCGCCCAAGAUGCCCCUCAUUCACAGUUGCAUACCGCUGCCAACGCCUCAUACAUCAGAGUCCUGCUCAAGGAUGACCUCAAAGGUCUUGGGUUCGACCGGGCCAAAGAAAACGAGGUGACCGGUCUCGAUGUGUUCUCCGACGUUCUCAGCCGCCUGAACGGUAAAUCGGAAGACGACAUUGCUGGCGAACAGAUGGCUAGACUCGCUGUCAAGACGCACGCCUUUGUCGAGGCCAAGUACGGCCCGAUGCGAUUUGUUCGCGGCGGUCUUCUCGUAGGCGACAAGGUGCUUGAAGAGGCUGGUUCAGAAGAAAAGGCUAUGGAGAGCAGCUCAAAUGAGGACAGCGGCAAGAAGGAGAAGAAGCGAAAGGCUGCUGAAGUUGACGAGGACGAGACAUCUGCCAAGGACACCAAGGAGAAGAAGAAGCGACGCAAGGAGAAAGCUGCGUCUGAAGAAUCCGAAUCCACAAAGAGCCGCAAGGACAAGAAGGCGGCAAAGUCAAAAUCAAAGUCGGUGGAUAACUCAGAUACGGAGCCCGAGUCCAAGGAAGCACGCAGAGCACGCAAGGAGGCAAAGAAGGCCCGCAAGGAGGAGAAGCGCCUGAAGAAGGAAAAGAAGAAGGCCAAGAAAGCUGCUGCUGCUGACUCGUCGAGUAGCAGCUCGGAAUCUGAGGCCGACGACUCUGCGACAGGCACAUCCACUCCGGCGACGGGAACAUCCACUCCUCGAGUCAGCAGAAAUUUUUCACGAUCCAAGUACAUUGCUUCCAAGAAGAUGGCUGUCCUCGACAGCAAGGCACUCGCACAGAUUUUCAUGGUCAAGACAUAG